GUGCGGUGCCGUGUCGCGCCGUGCCGCGCGUGCUGUGUGCCGUGCCGUGGCAUCUGAGCGGAGAAAACCGUGGCAUCUUCGCUCCCGCCAAGGCUUUCCGCUCAGCCGCUUGCGUGGCGCCGCGGGGAAGGAAGAUGGCUUCGACUGCUUGCGCGCGCGGAUGUGCUGGCGGGCUCCGCGAAAGCUUGCUUGCGCGCCCGACACGGUUCCACAUCUCGUGUCUUCAAUCCGGCGCAAUCCGAUGUAGUAGCCCAAUAGGAAGUCUGCCUGCUAUCCGACGGCGGCGAAGACAGCAUUGGGCGGCGGCGGCGGCGGCCGUCGGGGGGAGGACCAGCAACAAGAGCAGCUGUCGGCGGAGCGGCGUUGUGCGGCAUCCUAGCCGCACGCCGUCGUCGCGGCUAUCGACAGCGUCGGUCAACGGAGGGGGGGCGACCGAGCAAUGGAGCCGAAGUCUGAGCGCGCGUUUUCUUCCGCCUUUGCCACCCGCGCCGCUGCGUGACACCUGUGUCACUACUAGUGGGCGACGAAGAACGGCGCUCGUCACUGACGUGCGACGUCCAUCUCCCCGAGUUUGCGCGGCAAAUAACGUACCGGCGGCGGCGGCGGCGGACGUUGCUUUCGUCACCCCCGAGGAGGCAAGGGCACUGGUUAUCGAGGAAGGGUACACUGUGAUCGACGUGCGCGACAACACACAGUUCGAGCGGUCGCACUUGCGCGACAGCGUUCAUGUCCCUCUCUUCGUUGAGAACCGGGAUAUGGACCCUGCGACCAUCGUUAAGCGACAGAUGCACUCCAUGAUGACCGGCUCAUUGUACGGGACGGCCUUCACCAAACCCAACGACCGCUUCCUGCCAACCCUCGAAGCGAGGUUUCCCAAGACCAGUAAGCUUCUGGUCGUUUGCCAGGAGGGCCUUCGAUCUGCAAAGGCUGCCGAGGACCUCGUGGACGCUGGCUAUCAGCAGGUCAGCUGUCUGACAAGCGGCCUGCAGGCCGUUAAGCCCGGGCUGUUCGAGAAAGAAGGGGAGAGAGAGUUACAGGAUGCCGGCAAAGCAGGGAUCGCGGCCAUUCAAGGGAAGAUCAGCAUUGUUCUGGGGACUGUCCUCAUUACACUCUACUUGCUCUUGAAAUUGUUUCCCGAUCAGGCAGAGGAACUCUUCAAUCGAUUCGCCCCUUAGUCGCGUAGCCGGCGGAGCGGUGACUUUUUUGUUGUGGCGAAAAAAAAAUCGGAAAUUUUUUUUACCUCGUUUGUUUUGAAAGUUUCCGAGUUUUUCUUCAAGUCGUUGUUUUUCAAACUUUCGGAGUAACUGUUUUUUUUACCUCGGUUGUUUUUCAAACUUUCGGAGUAACUGUUUUUUUUUUACCUCGGUUGUUUUUCAAACUUUCGGAGUAACUGUUUUUUUUUUACCAUGUUGUUUUCAAAUUUUCGGAGCAACUGUUUUUUUUUACCUUGAUGUUUUCAAACUUUCGGACGUUUUUUACCUUUUUUUUAACCAAACUUUCGGAGUAACUGUUUUUUUUUUUACCUUGUUUCGGAAAGCAUGGGAACUUGUUACAGACUUAGAGUGUGUCUUGGUGAUGAAGCAUAGUACAGAGGCUAUUCCGAUCCCGAUCGAGUGGCUCCGUAGCUGGCUGAAAGGAAAAAAAGGCUGUUUGAGCCUUUGAGGUGAACGGAAAAGGAGUUGGGGGGGGGGGGGGAGGGGAGUAUCUCCGGGCAUCUCCCCGUAUCCAGGCAAGAAGGGGGGAAGAAAGAGAAGGCUGUAAUUCCGACACAUUGGGUAUCAAGGCAAGAAAGGGAGGAACUUUGAAGGAUGUAAUUUCGAGAAUUUUCGACACAAUGGCCAGCUGAUCUGCGCAGACAAAAAGAUUCUGAAGGGGAAAAAGAAAGGACCUGAGGGUACAGUGGGCGAGGCCCGAGAGUACGGCGGGGGGUCAUCACCGUCAUCUCCAUCUCCGCGAAUGCAUACAAGAAAAUAUCAUUUCCCGCGUUAUCAAUCAACAUACAACAUAUGCACAACUUGUCUGCACCGGGGCGUGGCACAGCCCCACGGGCCCACGGGCCCGGGUUGGACCUCUCGGGACACAGCCAUUACUCUCUAGGUCACGUCUGCAGCAGCCUCUACUUGGUUCCAUCGUCGGCUGCUUUGAGCCGUUGACAUCAUUUAGUAAUUUGUUUGUCAACAUGAUGUUUCGACUUUGAUGUUGAUGUGUGCGAGCUCUCGAAUGAUCGAAUCUCGAUGGGAAUCAAGAGGGAAGAAGUGGUGGUGGAUUCUGUGGAACUUGAAUGCAAUUGCGCUCCGAUCUGGUAGGGGCAUACAAGAGAUUAGCAGGAACUGCGGGCGGGCAGUAAAGGGAAAUCUUUAAUGGAAUGGUGAUGGCAUUCGGAGGCCAGCUUGGGGGACAAAUACGUUAAAGGAAGUCGGUAUUUAGGAAGGCCUGGAAGGGUGAUGAGGGAAGAGAGACGUUCGCCGCGCCGAUUAGGACCGUGGUUCAUCUUCUAGAACAGGAAAUCAACGGGACAAGGGUGU